GCCAAGGAACGAUUAACAUUAUUGCGAUUUACAUGUCGCUUUUUGGAAGCGCAUCUAAGUUCCUUCCAGUCCAGUCACCGUGUAUACGAUAAUCAAAGUCGGCGCGUUCUAAUCGGAAAGUUUAUCUUUGAUUCCUCGCGGGCAUUGAGACGGCGUUCUGCGACACGUUUUUAAAAAUCGUCGCGACAUGGACCUGAUCAGUUUUAUGCGUUACGAAACGCUCUUGAUCGUGCCUUUUGUGGUUUACUAUUUGUUUUUCAAGACCAACGCAGGUCGGAGCGCGUAUUCGGAUAGAGAUAUUUUCUAUCCGAUAAAAUGCUACUUCGCCAAAAAGGUGAUCAGGAGCAUUCAGAAAAAUCAACGGACGCGCACUAAGCGGGAAAAGUCCAAGGAAGACGAACUCGAGUUUCCGUCCAAUCAGUUCAGUCACUACCAGUGCUAUCACGGGGCAGACCAGAAAGGCAACGGGCUCAGUCUAAAAUUUACCGUCAGAAGUAACAAAACGGCGGAAAUCUUUCUGGUCCUGCGACUCGCGAACGGAAAAGUCUAUUCUUAUCCGGGUGCUGAAAAAGUUCGCAUCGCUAGUGUCAAAGAGAACCAAUUUAAAGUAAACGGACUCACCGUCGAAACGUUGGAAUCGUUUAAAAGGGUUCGCAUCGUGUUCAACGGCCUAUUAAGGGACAUUAGUUGUAGGAGUUACGACAAGGUUGAGCACGUGCAGUUUAAUUUCAUAUUUAAUUGUUGCGCGUCGCCCAGAUUCUUCCCUGCCGACGUAGAAGAAAAUUUACUGAUCGAAACGCUAGCGACGAGGCCGUGGAAUGACGCCUCUUGGAAAAAAUUCUUGUCGGACCAGGCAGAAGGUUACGAGCAAUUCGGUUCCCUCUUGGGCUUUGUUAAGGGAGACAUUUUUCCGGAGGAAACGGUCCUUAAUCUUCCGUGUUGCAGGUCGAGGUACUCCGGCAUCGCCGAUAGUCACUCCGUAGACAGGGAGGUGCGGAUUUUUCUAGCCGAGCGGGACGGCGCGUUGAUCAACUUGAUAUUGAAAUCUUUCGGCGAAGGAUCGUCCCAAUUGAACUACGGCUACGUGACUCAUUUGCACAACAUCACGGACCCGAUCGUGGGUCAAGACAUCAGGAUAAGCUACGUCGGGAGGAACAAAUCGUUGCCCGACGCUUUCGUAGCACACGUCCACACCAAAGUUAAGGAAUACAAAUGCGUUUUCCACCUAAACAAGGACUUGAUCUGCCCCAGCGAAUCCGCAAAACUUGGUUACGAGAUAAUAAAUGCUUACGCUGAAUGUGAUAUCAAUGCGAGCCAAGGAAGGGCCUUGUUGGAAUUCACUUAUUAUGAACAAUCCGACGUUAACCAACAGAAACUUCGUCCCCUUCUACGCGAGAAGAAGGUCGAUGCUUUGCCCGACGUCUUCAUCGCGGAUAUAAAAAGUGAGGAGGCGAGAAUUCUGGAACUGACAGGUGGCAAGGGCAAUUCGCUGGCCCUGCUGUCAUCAUUGGAAUCGGACGAAUUCUCGGUACCCGACGGAUUCGUAGUGACCGUGAACGCGUUCAGACGUCAGCUAGAGGUCACUCCUAAAUUGCAGACCCUCUUGACCGCAUUAGAUGAGGUUUUCUGCGGACGAAAAGAUGGCGUUCCGGAAGAAGCAUGUCAGGAAGUACUGCUAGCAUUUCACGAUGAAUCCAUAUCUCCCGAAAUUGUAACACCCUUGCUCAAGAAUUUGAGAAGGAUGAAAGCGGAGGAGCCGGAGGCGGUGAGCUGGGCCAUUAGGUCUUCAGCUAUAGGCGAAGACUCCGAAGAACUAUCGGCGGCGGGACAGAACGAAACCUUUUUAGGGUGCGUCACCGAAGAGCAAGUCUUGAAGGGCGUGUCGGCGUGUUGGGGAUCGCUUUUCACGUACCAAAGCGUCCAGUAUAGAUGGCAACACGGUCUGCCCGUUAUCUCGGACAUGGCGGUCGUGGUACAGAAAAUGGUACCGGCCGAAUCAGCCGGGGUACUUUUUACGUGGCACCCCACUUCGUCGAACCCAUCGCAAAUGGUUGUCACUUCAAAUUUUGGACUCGGCGAGAGCGUCGUUUCGGGAAAAUCCGAUCCUGACACAUUCAUUUUGAAUCGCACUUUCGAUGGGAAAAUUUGUCUGCUAGAUCAAAUAAUAGGCACCAAAAACAAGGUCGUCACUCUGACCCGCGACGGUGUCGAAGAAGUAGCGGCAAACGAAGACGGAUGGAGUAUAAGCAAAGAGCAGGCGAUAAAAUUAGGCAGGGUCGGGCUGGCGUUGGAGGAAGCUUUCGGAGGACCGAGAGACAUCGAGUGGGCGUUUCACAAGGAUGAAUUGUACUUGCUCCAGUCACGCCCGAUAACGACUCUGAAUUCGUGGAGCGAGUUUGAGCUAACCCGCGAAUGCGAUUCGGCCAUUUUGACGGAAAGUAACGUGGUAACUCUGGCUAAUACGGGAGAGGUAUUCCCUGGCGCGACGACAGUACUGUCUCAGUCCAGCAGUCUGGUUUGCACUGACAGGGGCAUCCAGAAGCACAUUUACAAGACAGUCGAAAAACUGGCGCACAAAACAGUCAGUGCCUUUCAGCAUCGCGUUAUGGUCGACGUUAUUAUAAGCAUACACAAAAACGCCAAAAAGACUGUACAAAUGAGCUCCAGGAUAUUAGACCUGGCCAUAUUCGGGCACCAGGUGAUGAAUGAAAAAAUUAACCAGAUCGUCUUAAAUAGACUCGGCGAAGUGCGGUCGCUGAAAUUGGCCAAAGAGUCUCUCCGUCUGUGGUAUUGGGCAAGAAAAGGUGAGAUGGUUCGAGACCAGGCAGCCGAAUUUUCAAAAAGUUUAGACUUUAAAAUCAAGGACGACGACGGAUCCAAGGAAAUCUACGAUAAAAUCGACAAUAAGCUGGAGGAAUUGGCAAAGGCCGGCUACUUACACGCGAUCAACACUGGUUCUUCUGUAUUUUAUCAAAUCAUCGCUAUGAACAUUUUGGUCCAAACAAGUUUAGAGCUGACGAUGGAGCACUACGCUGAUUUUGCUUUGAUCUUAUCGUCUUGCGAGGACGUCGUGUCUGCCGAAGUGCCGAUGUAUUUGGAGAGGAUCGCCCGAAUAAUCAGAGACGAAGGUUACGACGAAGAGUUUUGCACGAUCAAACCCGAAUUCGGCGUGGCUUGGUUGAAAUCCAAGUGCCCCGAAGCUGGCAAAGUGUUCGACGAAUUUCUGGAUAGACACGGCCACAGAAAUUUGGGAGAGUUCGAAAUGAUGGAAGAGUCUUGGGCCAUGAAUCCGUCCAAAGUGAUCCCGAUGAUACAGGCCAACGCGAAACAGGACCGUUCGAUCAGCAAAAUCGUUUUAUCGGUGGACGAGGUCGUCAGCAAACUCGUUUCGCCUGUUAACGCGGUCACCAAAAAAAUUCUAAAAUACGCCAUUUCCAACCUGAGGAGGGCGGUUGGCAACAGGGAGCAGACCAAAUCGGAGCUGAUUCGAUCGCUGAAUAAACUGCGUAUGGCGUAUAGAAAACUAGCGAAGGCAAUGGUCGCCAAAGGCCUCUUGCCAGCGGAGAAUCUGAUGUUCCAUUUGACCCACCAGGAAUUGGGUACCGUGAUUGACAAGCGAUCUCCGCUAUUGGUCAGCAAAGCGGCUAAACGUCAAAGAUUGUACUCCAAAUGGUCCAAGACGAAAUAUCCGGAGUUGAUAUUCGGCAUACCUGAACCGGAGAAGGAUUCCGAUUGCGUAAUGGAACUGGUGACGGGCAGUGUGUGCACAGGCACGCCAGUAUGUAUGGGGUCUGUCAAAGCCAGGGCGUGCGUCAUCACUAGCUUAGAAGAAAUCGGCCAGUUAGAAACAAGCGAUAUACUGAUCACUUACAGUACCGACAUUGGGUGGUCCCCAUACUUCCCAAUGCUUUCCGGUGUGGUAACGGAACUUGGAGGACUCGUUUCACAUGGUGAGUGUUUUUCCUUUCAUUUCCAUCUUAAUUGUUACGAACGUUUGUCAGGUGCCGUUGUCGCCAGGGAGUACGGAUUACCUUGCAUCGUUGGUGUAAAAAACGUUACCAAGCUGUUCAAGACCGGGGAUAUCGUCUAUCUGUCCGGAAAAACCGGAGAAUUGGCAAAAGUGUGACAGACGUUAUUUUAUUGAAUAAAAAUUUAAAACAA